AACGUGUUCCGAUGCAAUAGCCGGAUCAUGGCCAAGGUUGAUUUCCGACUGUCAACUUUAUUUGGUACACCCUUUCUUUUUUCUAUUUAAACAUCACAUGAGUUAAAAUCCAAUGGAAGCAUUGGCGCAAUGUUUAAUGCACAAGUGUUCAACAUCGACGGGGCGCUUUCAGUCUUCAUCAUCACUUAUUCUACAUAAUAUCUAAUAAAUAUCCUUCUUCAUUUGGCUCUAUUCUCCUAUCCUAUCCUACCUCCUCGGCUACGGAGCCUGUCUUCUCUAGGACAUGGCCGUUUCUAAUUGCUUCUUAAGAAGAUUCCUUUGAAUAUCCGAAUCUGAAGCACAAUCAAGUUUAUCCUGUAUUACACUGUACAUAAUGAUGAUGAUGCUGAUGCUUUCUCUGCUGCUGUUAUAUACGGUAGCUGCGUCUGUAUUCAGGCCUCUUCCCAAGGGGACCCAGCACCCCAUUCCACAACAUAACGAUGGCUCAGCUCCUGAUCACGUCUCGCCUAAUCUUUUCGCAUCUCUCGAGCGCUUCUCCCGUCUAGUCGACAUAACAUACUGCGUUGGUACUACCGGUAUCGUUCCACCAUUUUCGUGUGUAUCUCGAUGCGAUGAGUUCCCGACACUCGACCUCGUCACAACAUGGAAUACGGGUGUCUUGAUGAGCGAUAGCUGUGGAUAUAUUGCCAUUGAUCACGGAGCAGGCCCGAAAUCAUUUACACGCAGUGGGAGGGUUAAUAGUAGGGAGGACACUAUGGACAUCAAAAGUCGCGGAGCAAUCAUUGUCGCAUUUCGCGGUACAUACAGUAUCACCAAUACCGUCGUCGACCUGAGUACAAUACCUCAAGAAUAUGUUCCGUAUCCUUCACCGGACCAUGGAGGCUCUGAACCACCCAGAGAACCAAAAUAUACCUGUCAUAAUUGCACGGUUCAUAUGGGCUUCCUGACGUCAUGGGAAAUGGCUAGGACUAUUGUUUUGCCAGCACUCGAGCCACUACGCAAACGGUAUCCCGACUAUCCAAUUUAUCUCGUUGGCCACAGCUUGGGUGGUGCUGUUGCAGCUCUCGCAGCCUUGGAGUUGAAAGUCAUUUCUGGUUGGGAUAAGAUGAUCGUGACGACUUUCGGUGAGCCUCGAGUUGGGAAUGACGGGUUUGUUGAGUAUCUAAAUUCGGUUUUCGAACUUGGCGGUGAAGAGAAGCCAAUUGAGGCGCGAAUGUUUCGGCGCGUGACGCACGUGGAUGACCCCGUGCCAUCGCUUCCACUUUCGGAGUGGGGGUAUAAAUCUCACGCCGGUGAAUUCUUCAUCUCUAAAUCCGAUCUGCCCCCCGGGCCGUCAGAUAUUCGGGCGUGUGCUGGAAACCACGAUCCGCGGUGUAUCGCAGGCUCAGCCGGAGAGCCCCUUAAAAGGACUGGCCAGAUUCUUGCCGAGGAAAAAAUGCAAGAUACGCCUGUAUGGACUGGGGGGUUAUGGGAUAUUCCAUCCCGGUUCAAAUUGUGGCAAUUAUUCUUUGCGCAUCGAGACUACUUCUGGAGACUAGGAUUAUGCGUACCAGGAGGCGAUCCCAUUGAUUGGGGCCGGGACAAAUAUCCCAACUACACUAAUGGUGAUGAGUUAUGAGUCACAUCUAUGUGACGUCUAGUACGAAUAUGAGGCAUUCCAGUGCCUAUUCUUCUGAGCUGGUUGAUCAGGAGAGACCCAAUUUGAUAAUGCGAACAAAAUAAUUCGUCAAAAGCUUGAAGAUAAUGCAUAAUUUAUAUGUCUAGGUAUUAUAUACUAGGCAAUGAAAAGUUCAUAAUUUGUGUUGAUAUAAGAUAUUAUUCAAUAUGCAACAUGACAAUCAUUGAAAUGCCAUAUUUGAUCUUCAGCACCAACCUUGAAG